UUGUUCAAGAUUAAUUUUAUAUUAAUGAAUAUUAUUAUUCCAAUUAAUUUUUCUUAUUUAUUUUUCAAUUUAUUUCUCCUUCUAAAUUAUAUUAAUUGUUUAAAUAUUUUACAAAUUGUGCCGGGCUUCACAAAUUCUCAUGUUUUAUUUAAUUAUAGACUUGAGGAAGAACUGACUAAAUUAGGGCAUUCUGUUGUUUUAUGGACACAAAUGGAAAUGAAUAUGGUUUUUACAGGAGACUUUAAAUUGCCAGAUGGUGUUAACGAAAUUCGUGAGUCUAUUCAAUUCAAGGAUAAAUUGAAAGUUGAGGGAUUAAAGGUAUUUCAAGAAAUGAUUUUCCAGAGUGGUACUCCUUAUGAACUUUGGUGGACCGGCAGAGAAUUUAAAGAAAUGCGUUUAGAAGCAUGUGAACAAAUGCUUGGAGAAGGACGUGCAAAAUUGCUUUCCUCUGUAAAAUACCAAAAAUUUGAUUUGGCAAUUGGGCAUUUUCAUGAUUUGUUUGUUGUUUUUAAUGACAAAGAAUUAUUAUCUAAAUUUUGUUAAAGUUGUCCAGUAGCUAUGGCUCGUUCUGUGGGAGUUUAUAGAAUAAUUUGGAUCACUCAUGGCCCUUCUCUUUAUGAUUUUACUUCUUUAUCUGUAAUCCUCCCUUCCAACGUUUAAUUUAAAUAUUCAUAUUUUCAGUUUGGUCUACGAACAUUUCCUUCAUUUGUUCCACACCCUCUUUCCUUCAAUUCAGACAGAAUGGUUUGAAUAUUUAUUUUGGAAUUAAAGUUUUAUUUUAAGAAUUUUUUACAACGUUUAAUUAAUGUAAUUUGGCAUUUUUCUGGUAUAGAAUUUGUAAAUCUUCCAAAUGUUUUACUUCAUGAAGAGAAUUCCUUAUACAAAAAAUGUUUUUUCGAA